GCUUUAUUACACUCAAGUUCUAAAGUAUACGUUAUAUCAAGCGUCCGCUCUAACAGCGCUACCUUUUCUAUUGAGAUUAAUAGUGGGUACCAUUUUUAUACAAAUGUUUUACUAUUAUAAACAAAACGAAAAAAUUAAAAGAAUUAAACAUUUAAGGAAAUAUAUCAUAUUUGUUUCUCACGUAAUACCCGGCAUUAUGAUAUCCACGUUGUGGCUAUUCCCGGCAAUACCCGGACCUACUAUACUAACUUUAGCGGUAGCGCUCACCGCAGCAGGAAUGGACAGUACUUUUGACAUUUGUUAUGAAAUAACACCAAUGUACGUCAACUCUAUAAAUACAGUUAUUAAAAUUAUUGGGAAUACAUCUGGGAUUAUCGUUUCUUUAUGCGUGGGAGAAGCUACUUAUAAAUACCAGAACUCAGUAACUGUAUGGAAAAAUAUUUGGUGUUUUCACGCGACAAUUCUACUGUUGUGUGGCAUAACGUUUUUAAUCUGGGGCGAGACUGAUGUACAACCUUGGAAUUCAAUUAAAAAUAGACCUCGUCGCAAAAUUUUCGCUACAACUGCGAGACCUUCCGCAAUGUCGAACAUCACCGAAGUAGAGGAAGACGAUUCUACAUAUCAAACAAUCCAAUCGCAAAAUAAAAGAAGUUUUUUGUCACAAAUCCGUUAAGGUUUUAGGUUAAAUAUGUUUUAAAAAAAA